AUAGGAAGAAGCCCUUGCUGAACUAUCAGGAUUUGAACUCGAUAUAUGCCAGUGAAAUCAGCAAUGGACUCCUUAAUCAUUUGGAUCAAGAUGAAGAAGAAAGGGAGGGCCAAUCCUUUUCUUUUUCUGGUAAUGGUCAUUUGGCUUCCUUCGAGGAUCUUGACAGUGAAGGCCUAGAUUUUAUGACAGACGGAGAAGACAUUCAGAGCCAUGGACAUGACAUUUUUGCAAGGAAAGAUUGGACACCUCCAAUGGAUCGUUAUCUGAUUGACCUUCUUCUGGAGCAACUGCAGAAAGCGAACAAGAUUGAUUACUCUUUGGACGACCAAGCGUGGGUAGAUGUGCUUGUGUUAUUCAAGGAAAGAUUUGGUUUACAAUACGACAAAGAUCUCUUGAGGAGUCGCUACAAAAGUUUAGAGAAGCAAUACCACAAUACAAGAGAUCUUCUGGAUCGGAGAGGGUUUUGGUGGGACGAAACACAGCAAAUGGUCACAGCAUAUGAUGAUGUUUGGGAUGCUUAUAUUAAGGAAUGCCCUGAUACGGAAGCGUACAGAACGAAAUCCAAGCCAAAUUAUAAUGAUUUGUGCUUGAUUUAUGGAAACUCAAAUUUGGGGGAAAGAUACAACCAAUCAGGUCAAGCCAUGGGCUGUAACGGUGAUGGUCAGUUUGUGUUUGCUUUUGUCUUUCAUUAACCAAGAAUUCUUUUAAUACAUUUUGAUGAAUCAAAAAAAUGAACCUUUUCCUUGUACAUGUAUUGUUGUUCAUUUCAAAACCAGCCAAUUGUAAUUAUAGCUAUCACCGGAGAACUGAUUGGACACCUCCAAUGGACCGAUAUUUCAUUGAUCUAAUGUUAGAGCAAGUUCGCAACGGAAGUAUGGUUAACCAAAAAUUCAGUAAACUAGCCUGGACUGAUAUGGUUUCUAAGUUCAGGGCACAAUUUGGUUCCCAGCAUGACAAAGA